AUGGAACAGUGGAACGUUCAACGACGCGUAGUACCCACGCGGGUAUAUUAUCGCGACGGUGAUAAUGUGGUUCAAACUAUACGCGAAUUGAGACGGGUUUUUAUUCUUCCUCCUCGUACUCAAGGUCCAACUAACUAUGGAACUCGAACGCGGGGUCAAAAUUUGGAGCAGAUUGAAUCAGAGGAAAAUAGAAGGUCUCCUGAUCGUCCACGAAAUUCUCGGUUUCUCGCAAAUGUCGAAGCUAUGGAACUUUUGGAUUCACUUGAAGAGUGUGGUCUACAACACGUGCCCCAAAACACUAACCACGCCGAAGAUUUAGCAGCAAUGGAACAGGGGGACCUUCAAGUACGCGUAGUAGUCGUGCGGAUUUUUUACCGUAACGGUGAAAAUGCAAUUGAGACCUUAAGUCAGUGGGGGCGGCAUUUUUUUAUUCCUCCUCGCACUCUCGUUCCAAAUAUAUAUGGAAUUUCAAGGUGGGUUCAAAAUUUCGAGCAACCUGGUUCAGAGGAAAAUAGAUGGUCUGGUCGUCGUCCACACAUUUCUGGGAAUCCCGAAAAUGCCGAGGCCAUGGAAUUGUCGCAGUCAUUUGAAGAGAUUCGUCUACAACAAACGUCCCAAAACACUAUCUGCAUCCAAAACAAGAAUGACUUAAGAGAUCGUCGCUACCCGCGUGACCAUCUUGGAGUAACUUUAAUAUUAACAUUAUUGGUUUUUGAUAUUAUUGUCGGUAUUAUUUACGUAUGUACGAAAGGGUUGAACAUAAAUGAAUCGAAUUGAGGAAGGAUAAAAAAAAUCCCCCGACCAAAAACUAUACAAGGAAAAAUAAUAAGAAUAAUAAUAAUAACAAUAAUAAACUAAUAGACGAACGAAAAAACCGUACUAGACAGGAUAUUGUGAUGUAGGUAUACUUUUGUUGGAAAUCUAUUUAUAUACAUAAAUAUUUAUCUUAUUUUUCUGAUUUAUUGCUUGAAAAACCCUACAUAGAAUAGUAUAAAAUAAUAUGUUGUAGGUAUAGGUAUCAAAUAUAUGUUAUAUUGUAUAUUUGGACUCGGGGUUUUUAAAUAAUAAUUUUAGUAUAUUUAUAGUCAAUUUAUCCAUAUCGGUUAUUGUAAGAAUAUCUAAUUGCAGUUUUUGUGAGAUAAAUAUUUUUUUCCUUCGUCGGAGCUUUUUUUCCAUAUAUGUGGUUUUUGGUCAGGGGCUUUUAUUUUAUUUUUAUUAAAUAUACUUUUAUUUCCUUAUACCAAAUUAGCCGCUUUAUAGUUAUAGAUAUAGUUAUAGUUAUAUUAUGAUAUUAUAAUACUCGUAUUGUUAUUACUAGCUGAAAUACUUAUGAUUACUAAGUAUAAAUUUAUGUUUGCAAAAAUUUAAAAAAUUAGAUACCAAAAUAAAUGUACUUUAAAAAAUGUGCAAAUGUGCUCUUAAUUAUUUAUAAAUUAAGAUAUUUAAUUUACCAAUGUUUCCAAACAUCAGCAUAAUAUAGUUACUAAAUUACUAUUUUUUUCCUAAAAUAGUAUAUGUAUGAAAUUAAAAUUUAUUGUUAAAAUGCUAUUCGAAACCGAGAACUUCUUAACUCGUUUAAAUGAUAAAUAGGUAAUAUCAUGCAACAAUGGUUAACUGUGAUAUAAUAACAGUACUAGAGUUUGAAAUGAGAAGCCGAGCUAAAUUGAGUUUAUUUCAAUAGUUUUAGUAUUUGAACAAAUUCUGAUUUUAAAUGGCCAAAAGUAGGUGGGGUAGGUAAAAGCAGCGUUGGAUGAGGGUAAUUAUUUAUUCCAGUGUUUAUGGUCUGUCUGUGAUUUGCUCAUGCACUGCGAAUUACACACGUCUGUCUUUUAUUUUUUUUAAAAGCAUAUGUCAUAAAUAUAUAAUACAUUUUACUUUCAUUGUUUUUUUUUCUUGUUUUUCUUAUUUUUUCAGUUAAUUUAAUAAAUAGUAUUAUAAUACUAUUGAAACUUUUUAUUGUUCUGAUAAAUAAUAAUAUAAUAAUAUUAUAAAAUAAUUUUACAUCAAUUUUGAUAUUUCAUAAAUUAUAAAUAUCGAAACAAUAUAAUUACAAAAAUAAAUAAUAACCUUGCAAGUGCAUAUUUAAGAGUGAAUAGGUGUGUGCCCCUCUGGAUUUUGUUUUUUGUACCAACUUACAAACAAGAAAAAAAAAGGUAAUGUUUUGAAAAGAAACGUGCUUUUCAUCAUAAACCAUAAAAAAGUAUUUGAAAAAAAAAGUACGGAUUUAUUUUUGAAUACAGAUGGAUCCAUGUAUCUUCAAUAUUCGAAUAUUUUGAAGACAUUUUGAUAUAUGUAAGUUGUAUAGAAGUGUACAGUGGUGGUUCUAUCAGAAUUACCGACAUGACGUCGGCUCUGAGUCAAAACGAAAAAAAGGUAAGAUGGAUAUGUACCUAUUGUAUUCCUCAACAAGUAUUAUCUGUAACAUCGUAUAGGUAUAGAAAAAAAAAGGUCUUAUUUUUACGACCGGUGUUGAUUUAUUUCGUUUUAUCGCCAUCGAUUAUUCCUAUAGGGAGUUUUCCUCAUUGUCGUAAGUAUGUAUAUAUAUAUGCAGCUCUUUGUACAUUGUCCAUGAUGUCUGACGGUCCCGCAACGCGUCGCAUAAAAAUAAUAACAAUAUCCAGGUAAGAUAGUAUAAAAAAUCGUAUUGUUGUACUGUGUUGGCACCGAUCGGUCACGCAGUCUCUGGAUUUCAAAUGUCUUGUAUCUAUUGUGUUGUAGUCGGGUACACAAAGGAUUGAUUUUUUUCCCGGAAGGUUCGCCGGAUGCGGUUGUAGAUGUAUUGAGUUCUCUUUGGCGAAAUCAUCCCAUGUUGGCCUAUUGUUGUCGACCAUUGAAUAGCAAAGACGUAUAAAAUGUUAUAUUUAUUAUUUCGGUUCGUCGUAUGUAUUCGUGACAAAAGCGACCACCUGCCUUGUCGGGCGUCAGCUAGAAUUUCGGUCGAAGCGGUUUUGGGUAUCUAGGUAAAUACAAUAUAUUUUCAUGCAUCAUAUAGGUACCCAGAGAAAAAAUAAAUCCGUCGUCGCUUUUAUAUCGCCUUGGCACGGUCACCUGGUGAAUUCCAAACAUUUUAACGGUAACACACGACGACAAAACCAUUAUCUAUUGUGAUCGGUCGUCUUUAUUGUACGACCCUCUACCGAUGUCUAAAACCAAAACACAUUUUUAAAUUUGUUACGGCCCGUCCAACGACAUUUUCCCGUUUAACAUGUGAUAAUUAUGAAAACCCGAAAAUAUUACCAAUUUUAAAACUAUUAUACCUACGAGUUACAGUACUCAUAAUACAUAUUAAUAUUAACAUCGAAUAUAUUUAUUGAUAGACAAAUUAAUUUAUAAAAUAAUAAAAAUUAAUGUUUAUGUGUAUGUACAGCAGAGAAACAAAUACGGUCUUUGUUUGUUUCAAUUUGUUUUUUUUUUUUAAGACUUAGAGGUGGAUGGGUGAGGGACAGAACGGGGGUUAAAUUUAGUCUAGGAAACAUUUUUCGGUCGUUCAGAAAAGUAAGUAAAAAACCAGGUGUUUUUUUUACUUGAUAUUUCUUUGUAAUAUUAUACACCGGUACAGAAUAAAUAAAAUUCCACCAUAGGCUACUACUACUGACUAUACAUUUUAAUACCACUAGCUACCACUGCUCACUACUAUUUUUUGAUUUAUGUGAAUAAAGCUUUUUCACAAAAAAAUUCUCUGUAAAAAUAUCAAACAAUUAAGUAUACGAUUCAUCAUAAAUUAAAAUUAGUUCAUAGGUAGUAGUAAACAUAAAAAAAGUUAAUAAAUUAAUUUAUGUAAUCGUUUUAUGUUCAAUGUACAAAUGAGAUGCAUAUUUAUUUUAGCAAAAAAUCAAUGCAAGAAAAAAAUCAAUGUGGCUAUGUAUUAAAAGAAAAAAAAAUCGACCUCUUGUCAUUUUUCGAUUGGAGUAAUAUUUCUGGUAAAAUACAUAAGUUGAACAAAUUAAAAUAACGAAACCGGGACAUAGCGUUGCCGUUUUAACUUUACUUUUCUUUCAGAUUUAUAACGAUUAUUUCGAAAACUCCUUAGAAAAUAGAAAAAUGACCUUUUCAAUGCACUAACGAGAUAAAAUUAUUUUUCAGAAAAGGCACUAGAUCCCACACUAUGCUCCAAAUCUGAAAUAAAAUUAUAAUUUAUGAUUUUCCGUGUAGUUUUCUUAAUAAUUGAGCAUAUCUAGAACAAAACGUAGAAAGAACGGGAAAAUGGUAUCACUUUUUCUAAUUAUGUUUAUUAUAGUAAUAUAGUUAAAAUAUUUAACUUUAAAUUCCGAAAUAAAACGUAUAUGUACAUUUUCUAAGCGUUUUGGCAAUACUAAUGUGCCAUUUUUUCUCGUUGAUGUUUAUUUUAUGUUUUAUUCAAAAUAAUUUUUGCUGUAUAAUGCAUCCCGUUUUAAAUUUUUUAUGUAAAUAUUUGGGCCCGGGUAUAUUUUGUAUAUCAAAUCAAGUGCUGUUUUUAUCAAAUUCAAUGAUUAUUUUUUUUCUAAAUUACAACAAUAAAACAAAAUCAAAAAUAAAGUUAUUGUUAUUUCUGUACACGUUUACAUUUUCCCAGUUAUUGAGCAUGUCAGCAUUUAUGAAUAUAUUUCUCACUGCAUACAUUUAAAAAAAAGGAAAAUAGCCUAUACAAAUUAACGCGUUGAGUGUAAAACAAUAACAGCAUGCAAUUUUGAUUCGCUUUUUAUGCAGGCUUUUAUUCAAAACCAGUUCACCCUUAAUAUGAUGUGUAUGUCGAAUUUUUAGAUUUAUAUGAUAAUGCAAUCGUGGGGUAGUUCUAGAAGGGUGAAGUUUUUAUCCGCAUAUCGUCUGUACAAUAUAAAUUAAUAGAGGGAACGAGUUGGACGCACAAAACAAUAUUUUUCUUUGAAUUCAUACAACCUAUUAAAAACGAGAUAUUGAAAGCGAAUACUUUAAAAGAAUAAAUAUUAAUUUUAUUAUUUGAUAUUUGUAUUCCAAUUAUUACUAUCGUUCCGUUCUCCACAAAAAACAUAUUAAACAUUUUUAUCAUGUUCCUGCGAUUAUCUAUGAAUUACCUACAAUACUAAUUUAGAUUUUUUAUUUUAUGAAUUAUAGUUAUACAUUUUAUACAAGUUUAAAAUUUAGAUCAUAGAUGAGGGAAGAAUUUUCAUCUAAAUAUAUUUAUGGAAUUCAUUUAACCAAUCUACAGUGAUUUCGUGAACAUAUUUCAAACCUCAAACAUAGAAUUGACCCAAAAUCAUCAUUCCCCCUUGUCUAUAUUUCUAAGCUUAAGCAAUUUAAAAAAAAAAAACCAAAAACGAAUUUACUUAAAAUCACUGAGUUUUGAUAAAAAAAUAAAGUUUACCCUUUAUACGACAGCUGGAAAAAAAAUGCCUUAAGUUCAGUGGUCCACAGAUGUAUAACUCGGGCUUAUAUUACCUAUACCUAAGUAUAAUCAAUCACCCCUGUUUAGUUAUUGUUGAACAACCCUCAAUAAAACCUUGGUACAGGCAUACAGCGGCACCAAAUUGACAGGAUCUCCUCUCAAAUAUAUUAUAUUACCAUAAUUCGAUAAAAAUACAGAGAGUGUGUAGUACGACGCAGAUGUCGAGGGCGGCACUCCCCUACGUCAGAAUAGCAUCUGUUAUUGUUCACACCAAUUAUAAUUAAUUAUUAUUUCAACAUUGUAUACAAUCAUAAUGGAUAUUCGAACUGUUUGAUGUAUAAAAUUGCAAAGCGUAAGCAUAUUAUAUUGAUCUUUUUGCCAGGUGACAAGGUUCAAAACAUUAUAACAUAGCAGCCGCGGCACUUAAAAUCAUCAAAAUAAAUCAUUCAAAACCGGACAUACUUCUCAUCACUGGUAGACUACUGUUUUAUAUUAUAGGGGGAAAGUUUAUAUGGUAUGUAUGAUAGAAAGUAAAUACACAGAACACAAAGAUAAAUAAUUUUCUUAAAAAACUAAAUUGAUUCUGAGCGGAGUUUUAUAAAUUGGUAAGUUUACGGUAUGAGUUAUGUUUUAUUUUCUAUUUGUAGCCAUAGGUAACCCAAAAAUUAACUUCAGUAUUACCAACGUGACGUUGGUCGUCAAUUAUUGUUGUCGGUUUUUGAAAUAAUUGUUUAGAAAGCCGUUGGGAUUUAGAAAAAAAUUCAAAUAAAGUACCCCGUCGGAUGCAAACAUUUACAUCUUUGAAAUCUUAAAAAUUUAAGAAUAUUUAAAAAAGUAAUUUCCUAGUAAAAAAGUUCCCUGAAAAAAUCUCGGGGAUGAACUUCUAAUAGAUUUAGAAAAUUUUUCGAAUAAUUUACCACUGGAAGACAAAUUCUUUUGAGGUUAAUAAAUCGAAACAUUUUUAGUAAUCAAAAAUUUGUUUCUAAAAAAAAAAAACUCCUAAUCUGUAAAAGAAUUUCUGAUAAUAAUUAAAAAUUUUUUAAAGUAGGUAAGACGUAUAUUUUAUAGUUUUAUAGUUUUUAUAGUUCUAUCUACUUUGAAAUAUUACUAAAUUAAUAUUAUAUUACGAGUUAUUCAACCGCUUAACAAGAAAAAUUUAAAUAUAUUUUAUGAAAUCUCCAGGUUCAGCGUUGUAUAACGAUUAAGAUAGAAAUAAAAUUUAAAAAAUGGUCAUAACUAUAUCUUAGUACUGCUCCCCCCCACACAAAUUGUCUGGAUUCAACACUGCUUAUUAUAAUGGAAAAUAUUCAAAAAGUGACAGUAAUUAUUCUAAAUAUUAUUACAAUAUUAUUAUUAAUAAUUGUUUAAAUUACAAUAUGAUUGGAUUAUGUUGUUUUAAAUAUCAUUUAGAACAUGAAAAAACAUAUGCCUAUAAUAUUUAAUUUACAUUAUUUUAAAAUAAAUACUUAUAACAUAUUUUCAACAUGUUCUCACAGUAUGUUUUAACUGAUAUUGUUAGAAACAUGUAAAAAACAUACUGUAACAAUAUCAACAUGUUCUAAUUGCCAUCUGGUAUAGGUAUUGUCUAUUUCAUGAAAUUGAUUUCCGGUUCAUGAAAUUCACCAAAAUUCACGAUCUGGACGAAUUUCACUAUCUGGAUGUCCAAUUCAUGAAAUUAGUGAUUUCACUUUAUGGAUGUGACAUAUACAAGUCACGCCCUUUGUCCGUGUUACCUAAGUGGACACAACUGGCGUGACCAGUAUAAAUCACGAAAACAAACCGACCGUGUAAUAAAAUACAACUGAAUAAAUAACACGGAUGGAGGGGUCAAAUUUAUUAUUUUAUAACCUCGGACGUCUAACAGUGGUCGUAACAGUAUGACUUUUCAGCUAUAGAUAGAUACUUGGUGAAUACAUUUAUCUUCGAAAAUUUAAAGAUAUUUUCGUUUUUGUGAAGCGGAACGAGUACUGAUUGUCAGAAUAAUAAUUAUAGUGAUAAUAUACUUGAAAAUAAAUAUAUUCAUUAUUUUAUAGGGACGUGAACAUGAUCGUAUCCGGAGGAAAAAUAAUUUAAUGGAGUUCUUUCGUGAACAUUAUCAGAAGUUAACUUGUUUUUCGGUAAACGAUCUCGUGUUGAGAUUUCGGUAGUUAAUUAUUUAAUGACAGGGGUAGUCACGUAUUUAUAAACGUUUCAAGUUCUGAGUGCAGCGAGGAUAUAUUGAUUGUUUUCUGAUAUGAGAUUUUUUUUUAUUUGUUAAUAGCUAGGUAUUUACUUUUCUACCAGAAAUUUUACUCCAACCAAAAACGCUAGACAUUGUGAGUUUUGUGGUAAUUACUGAUAAAACAAAUAAUGCAAUAUUUACGAUAAAAUUAAAUUAACCGAACUUCGCUCAGCAUAUAAACUCACAAAUAAACUAAACUAUCCAGUAUAGUGUUUAGAGGCCCAUCCAAUACGUAUGUGAGGUAAUAAGUUCGCCUUUUUUUGUUAACUAUACAUAUAUUAUUACAUUAUAACGCUACUCACAAUUUUCCGAUUAAUUUUAUGUUUUCACAGGUGUUUGUAAUAUUUUAUAGAAAUAAAAACGACAGUUCACUACGUUAGAGAUAAACGAAGGGAUGGAUGGACUAAUCCGUUAUUUCGCUCGACGGUCCGCGGCUUUUAUUCGAUUUAUUAUUCUUCAGGAGACGAGGGAGAGUUUACCACACUAAAAUAAUAUAAUUCAUUAUUAUUGUAUUAUUAAGUUGUCCUUUUGUUCCGCUCAGAACAGUAUAGACGCCAUUACGGACGACGUCUCGCGAUUGGUGAUUGACAUCCCGUGAUAUCGUCAACGGCUUUCGCGGCGGCUGCGGCGCAGUUGCUCUCCGCCACGCGGCCAAAUCCCGCGGGGACGUAUCGAUCGUAACGUUGACUCACGAACUCGCGGCGGGCGGGUGACGGGAUUCUGUACGAUACCACGGCGGAGAUAUUGUUUUGCAUCAAAAAGAGAAAGCAAAACAUACAUUAUACAGCAUAUUUCAUUUGUUCAGAAAUAAUGAUGUAUAAAUAUUAGUUUUAAAAUAUCUAGUAUGGAUAAAGAUUAAUACAUAGUUGCUAGAAUAAUUGUAUUUAUCAAGACGAAAAUACGAGAUACUUAACAAUAUUUAAUAAAUUAUGCGGAUAAGGAUAUAAAUAAUCUUCAACCUUGUUGCUGGAGAAAAAAAUGAUAAUUUUGUUCAUGUACCAACAUAUUAUUAUAAAAAACUAAGUGCUAAACGUAGUAAAAAUAUACUUAUAUAAGUUCCAGAUUUGAAAUUAGUCUAGAAAAUAAUAUUAUAAAAAAAAGAUUGUGCGAUUGAUGUAAUAACUUAAAGGGAUCAGAGCAAAUAUUCUAAAUUUUGUUAAAUUUACAAAUUACUUUUUACCAUUUUACAACCACCUUAAUGAAAUUGCUUUACCACUUAUCUACUAUCCGAUACCAAUUCAAGGGGAAUAUAUGGUAUAGAGUACGGCUGAAUUUAUUUGACAAUUAAAACGUUUUAGUCUAAUAAACGGUUAGGUAUAUUAAAUGUAUUAGGAAUUUAAUAUACUCCCAAUGUCCGAGUUCAAUCUAGUGUUGGUGAUUUAGAAAGUUGAUUUCCUAUUUACAAUGGUUUCUUACCCAUAACAGGGACUGGAACCUUUAAAGACUGUUCCGAAAGAGACGGGUUAAAGACCGAAACCUUUUUAAAGUCGUAGAACCGGAAACUGAUAGGAACCCUUAAACACUUUUUUUUUAUGAACCGAAACCGAAACUCUUAUUUUAAUGUUAGGUUUUUCGGUUAUUUUCGGUUCCAAAUUCCAAUUAAUAGCUUAUAUAUUUAUAACAAAUAGUAUAGUUAAUUAUUAGUUAUUAUUAUAACUAAUUGUUAUAAAAUUAUAGAUCUGUAGAAGUGUCAAGUAUAAGUAUAUUAUCAACAACAAGAGUAUUAUUACUGUCGUAUUAUUAUGUGUCCUACAGGCUGCAGUUGUUGCCAUAAAACAUAUAGGUAUUUAUAAAUUGUAAUUUCCAUGUAAUCGAUAAAUAGCUCGUAGAAGGUAAUUAUUAUUAUUUCAUAACAAAUGUAGAUUGCAUCGGGGACGCUAUAAAUUUCAUAAACCCGACUUUGAAGUUCAAUAUUAUGAGUGAAACAUUCGGGUGACAAGUCUGAACUGAUGAACUGACUGAACUGACUGACUGUCGAGUCUGAAUUAGCGGCCGUUAUCGUUUUUCUUAAUUAUGACCAUAAUAGCAAUAUAACCUGUAUGAAAUAUCAAAUUAUUUAUAGAUUAUGUGUUUAAUAUUUGAUAGACAGAGACAUAAUAUUAUAUGCUUCCUAUUGCUACCUAGUAAUACUUUUUAAAUUCUUACUAAUGUUUAGAAUUAGUGAAACGUCCUUAAAUAGUUACAUGAAUAUAAUUGUAUUUUACAUAGUGAAUUCUUAAAAAUAAAAUAAGAAACAAAAGUCUUAUGAAUAAGCUUAAAACCGGUAUUAAUCUGAACUGAAAUGUUUUAUUUUUGAGUAUUAAAACUAUAAUUGAAACUAUAAUUUAUUUAUUAUUUUUUCUCCAAUUAUUUUAUUUCAAAUAAAAGUCCGUUUCCAGACUUUAAACGUGUCUAAAAGCUUUUAAUUAUAAUGUAGAAUUAUAGUAAUUGGACUUCUGACGAAAAAAUAUAUGAUUAACAAUAAUAAACUUCGAAUGCACGGUCUGCGAGUAAUAAUUGAUCGUGGUGUUUCGUAAUCUUUGUAAAAUACGCUUAUGCCUUGUUUACACGUGACGAGUACUCGGCCGAGCACUGUCCCAAGUGAACUCAAGGAACCAGUACUCGGCUUAGUAAUCGGACGAGUAAAAUAAGCGGGCGAGUAAAUAGAAACAGUUUCUAUUCGCUGGGCCGAGUGACUACCGCCACUACCAAGAUGUAUGGUACUCGGCGUGUCUAAACCGCUAGCCGAGUGUCGUGGAACGAGUAGUUCAGUAGUUGUGAAUAUAUAUGUGGGGUAGUCACUCGGCCAAACAAAUACAAUGUGUGUAAACGCUUCACUCGGUCAAUUCCGGUACUAGACCGAGCAACAUAACGAGUGACACGGCCGAGUACUCGUCACGUGUAAACAAGGCCUUAGAGAUAUUUUUAUCCAUUGCAUUUCAUAAUAACCGACAGCCACUGUGUCGGUGCACCGUCAUAAUUCAGUAGGUAUCAUAUUUUAAUGUCGGGAAAUUUUUACAUUUCGAUAAGGCACUCGUCACUCUGUGUAACGUUUCGUGUGCGUUGCAACAUAUAGUGAUAUAGUAAUUAUAAUAUUUAUUAAUAUUAUUCGAUUGAAACCGUGUGCGCCUAUAACCUGACGCACGUAAUAUAAUCGCAGUGGCUCAAUUAGCGGAUUCAAAAUGUAAAAUAUAAAAAAAAACUCAUUUAAAAUUGUGACCCAAUCACCGGGUUAACUACCUAUUAUAAAUGAAAAAUGUUCGCGGUCAAAUUACCUUUGUGGAAAAUAAAAAGGUUGAUUGUGGCCCAAUAACCGGUCGUCCGUAUGUAGGUAACGCAAGACGCGGGUUCCGUACAACGUAAAUACUUUUCUUCCUACUAUAGUCAUUUUCGGUUUCAUCGUAUUUUAUAUAAUAUACAUACAUAAUUUAUAUACACAAGUUAUUAUAAAUACAGUUUGUUUGCAAAGAAUACCUACUAAAAUGUAUAAGGCCUAAGGCCAUUUAAGUCGAUUUUGUUAAUAAACUAUCACGUAUGCAUUUCUGUUUAAACAACUGUGUGUUUUAUUUUUAACAAGUUAUUUGUAUUUGUUUAUCAAUAACGUGUAAAAACGUGUGAGCAGACUCUUGAUUAGCAUUACAAUAAUCGUUUUUUCUAGAUUUAAAAACUCAACGAGUUACGACCGUAACGCCUGAAUCCGGAUGACGCAGUUCAAACCUAUAUACUACAGCCAUAGGUUUUCGGAUUGCAACAAAUUUCGUUGUAUAUCCGUUAAUGGCAUAUCUACCUUAAACAGCUGUGUGUUAUUUUUAAUAUGGCAAAAUUAAAUACGAUUUUUUCGUUAACGGGUAAAUUUGUAUUCCUUUGACAUUUAUUAAUAUACCACUAACGGAUAUACAACAAAAGUUACUGCUUUCGGAAAACCUAUGAUUGAAGUAUAUACGUUUAAAAAAAUGAAAUAAAAGAAAUUAUGUUAAUACUGUAUAUAAUAUAAAAAUCGUUUUACUUUUGGUGAAUAUCAUCAUUUUUACCCACAAUCACGCGAAGACGAUAUUUUAUUACUUUGGGACUUACUUGGUAUACCUACAUAAUUCUUUUCUACAGUUUCUACCCUCUAAAAACUUUUAUUCUACCUUUAAAUUGUUAAUGGAAUUUAUCCCAUAAAAUACGCCUGUUUUUUUUUACUACUGAAAUGAGACUCUUUGUGACUGUAGGCACCGUGUAUUAAUUUCAAACGAAAUAUUAAUAUUUUAGUUACUCAUAUUACUGGUCGUCUUGGUUACCGCACCCCAAGAUAAAAUCAAACUUAUUUAAUUAUCAAACUAACAUGUGGUGCGGUACGGACAAUUUUAACGCACCUCAUAUUUUUGCGGUUGUAUUAAGACAUCCAUAUUUAUCUCACCGGAUUUGUUUUUUUUCUGCAACACACGCACCGCAUCGUCCAGACACUUCAGUUAGGACACGGUAUUAUGUACGAGAAUAUGCAUCAAUGUAUGCGCGCAUUUUUCAAAUCUAAAACAUGCAAUUUCGAGAAUUUAAAUUUUUGGCUUAUUUUUCCAAGUCUUAUUUCGCUACGAAAUUUCGAAGAAAAAAAUAAAAUAAAAUAAUAUCGAACAUUCUCCGUUUUCCAGAACAUUCUCGCUGCGUAUUAUUCAACCGUGAUCAAAUAAGCAUAUAGGUAUAUAAUAAGAAUGCCUAUACAUUAUUGUAAACUGUGUAGUAUUGUAUCGGUCUACGGAACGCCAUCGGUUUCGGGUGAAAUCUAACCUCUACAAGAGCUAUUAUUGUUAUCAUGGUGGUAGGGUAAGGCGGGUAGGUAUACCGCAUUAUUAUUAUUAUUAUAGACAUUAUGUUCGGUCGUCCGUGCAGUAUACACGUAAACGUUUCGCGUCGAUUCGAACUAUAUCGUCGCCUCCCACCCCCGUCAGUCCGUACACUAAAAACCAUGGGCGGGUGUGCUCCACAUUGUAACUGUCCCGUACUUCAGGUAUAAAGGUAUACACAUUCGAACCCGCCGUACACUAUCUGAAUUUGGUGACAAUACUCCGUCGCAUAACAUUCACACAGCGGCGGCGCUGCGUGAAACAUAAUCGAUUUUCCUGUCGGAUGAGUAGGCGUAUUAGAAUGGCUCGCGCGCGUCCACUGCCUACAUCCGGUAAACCGCAAUCCGCGUAGUCCGUAACCGUGCGCCCGUCGGUUGCCUAGGGGAAGGCCGAACUUUUCGCAUAGCCACUAGGGCACCGCCCAUAGCCGCCGCCCCUUUGCGAAACACCCAGGCAACGGGACCGCGAUCCGUUCAUUGUUCCUUCCGGUUUUCCAGCUGCCCGCACCCCUGUAUACAUACAGCCACCGCCCGCCGUUGUCGCUGAAACAGUCCGUGGGAAACGACAGCUUCUGCUUUAAGCGUGCGCUCUGCACGCGUCAGACUAUCCGUUAGCAUUUUUUCGCGUCCUGCCGCCAUGAGUCGUUCCGAAGUCGUCAAAAGCGUUAUUGAAGACGUAGUAUAGUAAGAUCCAGUAUCAGCGAUCGUUGGGUUGGUGAAGAGCAUGUAAGUCUAAUUUUUUUUCGUCGUAACGCCUAGAAUAUAAUAUUAUCAUUUAUCGGUAAAUAUUUCGGAUUUUUUUUUUUAUCGAUGAAUUUAUUAUAUUAUACAAAUGACUAGUAUAGGUUUAAAUGGACAAUACGGUUAGGAUAAUAAACGUUCGAUUAAUUUAAAUUUAAUUUUUUAUAGUACGAUGAUAAUGUUAUUACAUUCAAAUCAUGUGUCUUUUCUUUUCAUUUAGAUUUCGAAAUUUGUUGGGUUUAUUUUAAAAUUAAAACAACACAUCACAUUAUGAUCAUAGGAAUAACUUCAGAUUAUUAGUAUAACGGACGCGAAUAGCUAUUACUAUAUGGAAAAUAAAUUAUGUUAAAAUUAAUGCUGCAGUUAAUACUAACGUUAGGUAAUAUAAGUUAUAGUAAUAGAAAUAAUAAACUUAAAAAUGAGUACAUUAAUCGAACGGAAUUACGUUUUUAUUAAUUUUAAAGUAGAUAGUAAAUAGGAUGCUUUCGUAUUUCUUAGGAUCACUUUAUUUUUAUUGCAUUGUUGAGCUGACGUAAACUCACUAAGAUACCGAGUUGUUAUUUUUGUUGUAGUGAAUACUAUUCGUUUAACAAAUUUUGAUAUUAUGUUAAUAAUGUUUUAAUUUACUUUGUACUUUUUUUCCAAACAACAUUGGGAAACCGAAAAUAAGUUAGAAAGAACGGGAAUAUUUAAUGUUUGAUGUCUAAAUUUUGUUAAAAAUUAUGAGAAUUAUUAAUUAUGUAUAUUUUGAAUAGGUAGAUAUUAUACUCCGAUUUAGGUAUAAUAUGUCAAUUACAUUAGUUUAUUCCCGUAAAUUUAUCGUAAUAUACAGUGUAUAGUACUUGAACUAUUGGUAAAUUACCUUGUUAUAAGUGUAUAUCCAUUAUUAUUAUACAGUUAAAAUUUCAGUGUUUAAUGAUAUUUAAAUUAUGUUUAAUUAUUUAAGUAUACCUAUCCAUAUUUUACGUGCUAGAAUUGUACAAGUAUUUUACCUAUUACCUAUAUAUAUAAUUGAAUAUUAUUUUAUUUUUAAACCGUCGAUCAGAAAGUGCGGUUCCGAACAACGACAUCGGCGCUCCCGAAUUGUAAACAAAUAUAAAACGUGGGGUCGAAGUAGCGGGCAGUGGCGGCGGCAGAUGUAGCGAUAAACUUAUAUUUGGGCGCGAAACGGUUCAGUACAUUUUAGUUAAAAAGAUUUCCGUUCACUGCGCUAAUAUCAGCCAAGGUAAUAUAUUAUUAUCCGUGAGGAUAAUUGUAAAUAUUCGUCGACGAGUGCUACCGAAACGAACCGUUUUUUCGCUCGAACGGUAUAUUAUAUUUUAGAAAAAGCCGUUUGGGCUGCCACGCCCAUAUUAACUCGUACGUGUGCGAACCUGGGGGAGUGGGUUGCUCGUCAAUUUAUUCUGUAGAGACCCGGCACACAGUGGGCUAAAAUGAAAAUUAUCUCGCAUAAAUUAAUAACUCUUUUUUUUUUAGCAGUUUUUAAACGUAUUAGAUCAAUUUAUGAGUCAUAAGAGUCACUGAAUCCAAAUUUUGAAUAAGUUUUAUUGAUAAGCCCCUAAUUACGGGGGCUAGAGGGCAUAGUUUUAAAUUUCAACCAUUUUUUAAAUGUAUUAGAUUAAUGUAUAAGUUAUAAGGGUCACUGAAUCCAUAUUUUGCAUCAGUUUUUGAUUGACCCCUAAUUAAGGGGGGCUAUAGGAGGAAAGUUUUAUAUUUUAACGAUUAUUUAAAAUAUUUUACAUUCACUUAUAUGUUUUAAAGGUCGCUGAAUAUUAUUUUAUUUGAUAUAAUAUUCAUAUAAUUCAAGUUGAAGAAAACUACACUAAAAAGAAAAUUUGAGAAUCUUCAAAUGAAGUUCAAUCUUUAUUAUUGUUUUCAAUUUAACAAAAUCGAUUAGAAUAUUUAAAUAUUAAGAUGUAAAUUAGUGGUAUACGUACUUAAAAUGUAUUUAUCUUUAAAUGUUCCUAAUAUUUUGUAGAUUUUUAAUUUCAGCGGUCUUUAAAAAAAAACUGCCCCCUCUAGUCCCCUUAAUUAAGAACCAAUUAAAAUGCUGAUGCAAAAUUUGGGUUCAAUGACUUUUAAAACUUACACAUUAAUAUAAAAUAUUUAAAAAAUUGUUAAAAUUAAAUUAGUAUUCUUGUAUUAAAUUAUGCGAGCUAGUUUUCAUUUCAGCCGACUGUGGCGCGACAUUUGAAUUACAGUGUGCCAAUAUGCACCAUACUUUCAUUGACCGUAAAUCGGUUAAAAUAUAUGUAUAAAUUAUAAUAAUAAAAUAAAACAAAUACAGAAGCUACUUUUACAAUACUAGUUUUAGAACUGUUUAGUUAACAAUAGAGUUCGAAUAUAAUUUCAAUCAUUUGAACACAGAACUUCAGAUUUAAUCCGAUAGUAUACAUUUAUAACACGUACGUCAAAAUCGUAAAUCAAUUUAUGAUUAAAUUUGUCUUAUAUAUAUAUAUAUAUAUAAGUAUUAAGAUUUAUUUUUUUCUUCAAAUUUUGGUUGUAUACGGAUUUUCGGAUUUUUGUUUUAUUUAUAAUAAUAUGUAAAACGACAUAUUAUUAUAUACAUAUAUUUGUAUUUAACGAGCCUUUUUACACAGACAUAAAAUGUAUUAUAAUAAUUUAUGAGUAUCUGUAAUUUAAAAGAAUACGAAUAGAAUAUGAUUUUGAAUUAAAUUUAAUUACAUAUUUAUUAUCUUUCGGCGAUCGAAAUCGUACGGUUCUGAAAGACGACGACAACAUUAUUACUAUACCAAUACUAAAUUGAAAAUACAUAAAUUAUUAAAAAAAAAAAGUUCUAAACGAAGUUGAUGGUUAUUAUUAGCUAAAAUCAAAAGUAUAUAUAGUAUAUAGUUACCUAUACUUAAUGCACAUUGACUAAUUGUAAAUUACAUAAAGGAAAAAAUGUAUAUACCCACAUAUGAUUUAGUUUUAUUAAUUUCAGUGAUUUUAUACGUUUAAUAGUGAUGUAUUAUAUGCGUGUAUAACGUAUAAAAAGUGGAAUACGUGGUGUAUUGUACAUGUCACGUAAACGCGUUUUUCACGCUUAACCUAUUACCAACAUCGGUUUUAUGUAAGCUUUGUAUACAUUUGAGACCACUGUAUCGCGGGUUGGAGUAGUGCAAUUUGCGGGUACGUGAAAUGUACGAUCAAUAUUCGCGACUUCGCGUUGCAGUUGCUCGGCCGCGCUCAUAAUAUUAUCGUGUAUAUACGGUUACCCCGUAGCCCCGCCCAUAUCGGUUCGCGAAUACUGGGCGGCUCCUAUCGUCACGCAGCGACCGUGCCACUUUUACCUGUAUAUUAAUAUUAUAAAAACUAACUGUACAACCCGUUAUUUCCCGGGUCCGUUUCCUUCGAAAACAGAAACGAAUAAUAAAAUCAAUAAUCGACGUGUCCCACCGUUUCCACCAUUAUCCCUGUCACAUAGUUGUUAAUUGUUGUUGCCCGGGAGUUUAUCUUUUGUAUAAUAUAUUAUCUAUACUCACUUGUCUGUAACAAACAAAUUAAUUAUUAAUAAUUGUUUUUUGUUUCAUUCGUGUCAACGCGGUAAACCACAAAUAAAAAAAAAUUGAUACUUGGGGACGGGUGUAUGGAUAGGGUGUCACAGUUUUAGAUGGGAACACGGGACAGUAUAUAAGACACAGAAAGUUAUUCAAUUAAUAUCUGUAAGCAACGGUAACAUCGUUGCCAACAAAUAACGAUUUGAAGCGAAGUUCGGUUGUGCAUGUUUUGAAAAACCGUAAUAUUUACGAUUUUCUUACGAUUACUUACUAACCAAAUAAAUUAAAACUUCAGCAAAAAAGCUGUACAUGUAGGAGUAAUGGGAGUCGUUAAUAUGUUACGUGCAAACAAUACUCGUCGUUACGAAACUACACGGACAAAUAAUAUUUCUAAUAAUUCUAUGAUUAAUUAGUUUUCGGAUUCAUUGAAACACAGUACCCUUGCAUUUGGAAAAGAAAUCACGCAAAUCGGUUCAAUAGAGAUUCUAAUAUAGUUGUAUAAAGAAAUCACCUCGAGUUUUUACUAUAAAUUCGGUAGUGUUCCCAAAGGGUAUAUUACAUACAACAUACGUUGUAUACACACAACAUUUUAUUGAAAAAUGACAUGCAUACUGUAAAGCAGUCUUUACUAUAGUAUCGAAUAGUUUAAAAAAUAAAAAAAUUCGUGAUGAUGAAUUAUUUUCAUUGCCCAUAAAUUUAUGAGACUAAAAUUAUUUCAAUAACUAUGAAAAAAAAAAAAAAAUCAAAACUUUCUUACAAUUUACAAUACUUUUUUUGUUGUUGUAAUUUUGAGUUUUCUAUUUUGGUAAUUUUAACUUAAUUUUUAUAUAAUCGAUAUAUAUAUAUUCCUGUAUAAAAGUUAAUAUGAACGAGAUAAAAAUUUCCCAAGGGAUGUUAUAAUGUACUUUCAAAAACGUUCAAAAUCGUCGUCACCCCGGCGUAUAACGGCAUUACUUACUCAUCACGUUGCCCAUUUGCAAAUAAUAUUGCGCGAGCUGCACAAAAACUAAAUUGUACGUUCUAGAAUCGAAAAUUCUGAAGAGUAAAUGAAAUAAUAUAAUACUUAUUUUCACAGUUUUAUUAAAUUCGAUAACUUUUAUUUAUCUUAUCUUAUUAUUCUUAUUUCGUUUUAUCUUUCCAAGCGACGAUUUACUGAGGCUAUUGACAUUAAAACCGCUCGCAUUAGACGUAAAUAAAAUUAUAAACGAAACGAUACGUUCCACCCAUAGCUGUCAAAAUAAAAUUUAAUCAAAUAAUCAUAAUUGAAAUAAUAAAUAAUUACAAUUUUUGACAAUAUAAUAAUUUUUCUUGUAGGUACUAUGAUAAUAAAUUUAUUGAUUUAUGUAAAUUGUUACACUAUAUGUAAUAUAUAUUUAUUUGAAUACAUUAUUAUUAUUAAUACGAUAAAUAUCUUUAGUAAAAGAAAUGAUUACGGGUCGCGAAUAAUAUUCAAAAUUGAUAUUAUUUUGAUCAUAUCCAAAAGUUUAGCGACCAUCGCUUUGUAGACUUUAUAGGAUAAUCCUUUUAACACGAUCCAUUAUCGUUGAAUAUCCGUAUAAUACGAUAAAUUUACUUUAUCCCAGUAAAUCCAACAUUAUAAUAAUAUACUUUUUUGAUUAAAAUAGAGUAAGCGAUGGCCUUUCUCUAGGAACACCUAUAAUGCCUUAGUUUUUCUUUGUUUAAGUAACAGAAAGAAAACAAAUACAACAAUUUUUUUGGUGCCACUAGACGAUAACAGACAUAAUUAAAAAUUGAUCAAUAUAGAGUUAUUUAACAUAAUAUAUAAUAUCCGCAUAAUAUCAGAACUUCAAAAAGUUAUAAUUUCGAAACUUAGUCAAUCCGCUUAAUUCUGACUUUACAAUCGUUCUUAAAUUAGCAAUAUACAUAUUAUGUUCAAAACAAAAGAUUGAAAAAUUAGAUUUGUUUCAUAUAAUUUUUUACUCAAAUGAUUUUGUCAACAAAUUCGUUAAAAUUCUUUUAUAAAAAAAAAUACUACAUUAGGCUCAAAUUUUAUUUUUUUGACCGAAAAGUAAGACUUUUAAAGAAACAACUAUUAAAUUUUUAAGCAUUUUUGUUAAGUCUAACAUUUUUACCAUAGAGUACCUUCAAAAUAAAAAUUACGUACAAAACUCGUAAAAUUAAAAUGUCUAUAAAUGGUCAAAAUGGCUUAGAUUUUUUUAAAUUUUACCACGUCUAGGAAAAGUAAAUAUAAGUUUUCUAUCCAAAUUUCAAAUCUCUAUGGAUAUGUUUAAUAAAAUUACAACAAAUAACAAAAUUGAAAAAAUACUAAAAGCAUUAUUUUCGUAAAUUUCCUGUUUUCUUACGUUUUAUCCUGGUUUUUUACAGAUAUUAUGAAAACCACACGGAAAAUUAAAAAAUGGCCUCCUAAAAAAUCAUCUAGACAAUAUUUACUUUCAGAAAUAUUUAUCUACGUGUGGCACCAUUUUCUUUCAGAAAUGGUGCCACACGUAGAUUUCGGAGCAAGAUUUCUGGCAGAAUUUUUGUACACAUUAUAAAAAAUAAAAAUAAAGAAACAUCUUUAUAAAACCAAUAAAUUCUUAGCUAAACUCAGAAUCUAAUAUUUAAACAAUUUAGUAUAUUAAUUUAAGAUACAGAGUGUAUUUAGGGAUUUAUUGGUUUUGGUAUGAUAUGUGUGUUUUUUCUUCUGCCUGUAAACAACUUGUAAACAAAUCUUGCUUCAUGUUGUAUAGAGUGUAUCACCUUUUUCAAAAGUUAAUUCUAUCAAAUUGGUGAAUAAUAAGGUUCCUUCUAAACAUAUCCUUUUAUUCUAAAAAAGCUGAAUUAAUUGGUUAUUACUUUGUAAAACAAUGAUAUAUCCAUGAAAAGUAUUGCAUAUAAUUAUCUGCAACCACUAAAGUGACUAACUAUUAAAUAAUAAUAUUAAUUUGGUUCAAAAACUAUGAUUUUAUGUUUAUUGGUUAUUGCUGUUAUAAGAUUCUAAGUGGAGCGAAGAAGCUUAUGAUUUAAAAGAUGUUUUUUAUUUUUAUUUUUUUUUAUUUUAUCUGUGUGCAAAUUUUCUACCAGCAAUUUUGCUCCAAUUUAUUAUGAUGGCACUUUUUUUAAAAAGAAAUCUGACUAGAGAGGUACUUUAAAGACUUAAUUUUUUUAUUUUCUCACUAGUUUUUCCAAUAAAUGGGUAAUCUAGAAAAAAACCACGGGAAAACAGUAGGGAAAACGGGAAAAUAGAUACAUUAUUGUACAAAUAUUUUUAAAGAAUUUUUUAUAUAUUGCCGAUGCAAUUAUUUUAUUAUAAUAUGACAUAUUAUAUUAUACUGUUGACAAAACAACUAUACUGUCAACUGAACUCCGCUCAAAAUCCUUUUUUCGUUAUCAAUUUUUGCUCACAGAUAUACAUUAAAUUACUUAAAACAGUGGCUGCACCCGUCCCUAUUAACCUAGGACAACUUUUUUAAUUAUGUUUUUAAAAGAAAUAAUAAAAUAAUACAUUAGAAAUUAGAAAUUUGAUAUUAACACAUGAAUAGUUUUUUUUUUUUUUUUAAUUCAUAACGUACGUGUAUAAUUUAUAUAGUUCAAUAAAUCAGUACGAAUAGGUAUUAUUUAAUUCUAUAGAUAUUAGAGAUAUUCCGGGUACCCAGUCAUGGAGUUCUAACCGGGUAUCCGAUAUUAUAUGUACCCAACUAUAUACUCGUUACCCGGUGUCGUUAUUAUGUUUACUGGACCAUACCUGAUUUCUAUGUAAUUUAUUAUUCUAUUGUUCGUGGUGAAACUGUUAAUCAGAUAUUAUUAUUUGGUUAAUAGGUACUCGGUACCAGGUAAAAUUUACUAAAAUUAUUACUCGAGUAAUACUAGGUACUCGGUUUGUUCAUAAAUAAUGUACCCGGAACAGAUAGAUAUAAAUACAUUGAAAUUCAAUCCUUAGUAAUAACAGAACAGUUUCUAACAUUUUAUUAUAAUUAUUAUGUACAUAUACAAUAAAUUACUUUAGUUAUUUUCAAAAUAUCAGUCCAUUGUGGGUAUUUUAUAUAAUGUACUAUAAUGUAUAGUAUACUAAGUGGGUACACUCAUUAUCUCGGAAAGUAUACAUUUUUUCCGAAAUUUGUUUUCUAGAACAUUUAAAAAUCAAGCUGCUCUACAAUUUUAUAUUUAUUUUAUUAUUUAUCAUUCUUAUUUUUGAGGGUAAAAUCACUACCUACUUUUGAUUUUAAAAUGGCACCCUAAAUUAAAAAGUCCAUAAAUAGACUGAGUAUUAAUUAAAAUUAAUUUAGUAUUGAACGUUUUUAUUUCCGUCGAUCCGUUGACGAAAUAUUCCACUUUUAAGUUAUGGUUAGAGGAGGGAAGUGGAGUAUUAUUAGUGUGGUGGUACGAUGCACGGCGUAUUAAUAAUACACCAUUACUCUCUUCCAAACUAAAAUUAAAAGUGGUUUAUCUUGUCAACGGCUUGAUAGAAAUCAAAAAUUUCAACACUAAAUUAAUUUUACUACUACUCAAUCUAUUUAUGGACUUUUUAAUUUACGUUACCAUUUUAAAAUCAAAAGUAGAUAGUGAUUUUGCCCUCAAAAAUAAGGGUGACAAAAAAUAACACAAAUAUAAAAUUGUGGAGCAGCUUGUUUCUUAAGUGUUCUAGAUAACGAAUCCCGGAAAAAGUUAAUACUUUCCAAGAUGAUGAGUGUACCCACUAAAAUAAAUCACCUGGUAUUAUAUUAUUGCAUAGCGUAAUUUAGUAACUAUAAUAUUAUACUUUAUACAACAAUACAUCAUAUCGUUACAAAUAAAAAACGAUUAUAAACGGAGUUUGGGUUGAUUAUUGAUAUUUUGAGCUUUUUAGCAUCUAUUAUUUGUGUAGGUGGUAAUUAGAAAUGUGACAAACUGUUCGAUUUUCGAACUGAAAAUUGCAAAUAAUCGAACCGAACCAAAUACCCAAUAAUUUGGUUCAAAAAUCAUCCAAAACCGAUUCUGCACGGUCACUAAUACGAUUUUCUGUAGUGGGACAGUUCGGUUUGGUACUGAUUCAAAAAAAGUAUGUAUUUUCGGUUCGGUUUGAUCUUAAAAAUCAGGGUUUAUUACAUCUCUAGUAGUUAUAUUUAUAUAAAAUAAUUCACUAAGCGUACUUACCUAAUUUUUUUGUUUAAUUUUUGUAUAUAUUCAAAAUCUGAUUUUUUGGAAUUUUUAAUUGUAAUUAAAGCCGAUUUUCGAAUAUUUAGAUUUUCACUAUAAUAGGGAGUAUCCUGUGGUGAGGCUUUGGAUUUUCAAAGAAAAACUUGUAUUCAAAAUUCCAUAAAUAGACGGAGUAUUACUUUAAAUCAAUUUUGGUGUCAAAGUUUAGCUAGGGCAAGAGUAGAGUGGAAUACAAUUUUUAUGGUGGCAUGGCACGCGGUGUCUGAUUAGUGCUGAUUGGAAACUCCUUAAAUGUUGUCAAAAAUCUAAUUAUUCGAAAAUAUCAGCCUUAAAUGCACUAAAAAUUUCAAAAACCAAAAUUUAAAUACAUGGAACAUUUAACCAAAAAAAAAAUGGAGGAUUACGCUUAGUGAAUCAUCCUGUAUAGGUAGUUUAGAUAAUAAAUAUGUAUUUGUAUUCUAAACAAUUCAGUUAUAACAUUUAGAAUAUGCCGUAUAGUUGUAAUAUGUGUAUUUUGCGUGAUGUAAACCAUAAAAAUGUCUAUUAUACUAUUAUAUUAUUAAUGUGGUAUUGAACACACAAAACCCUAUAUGCUUAUAUAUGCAAAAAUUAGGUACACGGUAUUAUGCGGCAUACAGGCGUUUUAUUAAAGCUAGUAGUUUGUUUUAAUUUGAACCUAUUUAUUUAUUUUGUCUAAUGACUUCAGAUCGUAAUGUAUACGUUAUUAUAUAAUAUUUGUGUAACGUGACAGUCGCUAAUAUUGUCACGUCUAGUCAAAAUUUCUUAAUUUGAAUAAUAUUGUUUUUAUUAUAAUUAUAAAAUAAUGAAAUUACAUUUGUUGUAUUUAUAUGUUAAUAUAUUAUAUUACGAUAAUCUUAAUUUUUCACGAUAAUAUAGUUGUUAAAUAUAAAUAUUAAAUUAGUAAUGAUAAGAUUAUUUUGUUAGGUGACCGACACAGUAUGUAUUGCAUCUGAAACUCUCUGGUCAAAUUUUCCAGUGAUUAAAAUAAUAGGCUAAUUUGACCAAAGCGUUCGCAUGCAGUACAUUUAUAUUCCACUGUAUGGCUGUCAAAAAUCGUAGUGAAUUCACUUGUCCAGAGUCUUGAAGAAGUGGCGAAAAGAAAUAUUUGUGUCCACAAUAUUCGUAUGUCACCUUUUUAGUUUAAGUCCACAACUUCCAUAUAUUUUUUAAAUUGAUGCCUGCAAUUGAUAUGUUGAUAACCUAAUCCGUGUCUUUAAUUGUUAUGUUAUAGGGCCAGAAAAAUUUGUCUGCAACUAGUAUGCAGCCUCUAACACUUACAAAUUGUAUAAUAUUCUUUAUGCAGUAUUUUUGUUCAAAUACUAUAUUCUUCAAUCAUUAUCAUUGUUUGUAAAAUAAUAAUAAUAAGUUAUUGUUUUAUAGUUCCGUGUAUAGGUUUUUUUUUAAAUACAAUGUUUCAAUGUGAGUUGCCAUAAAUAAAAUAAAUAAACUUGAUUAAUUCAUCAUAGACAUUGUACACUUCUUAGCACCUAAUAUUUGUGUAGGUAUAGUUACAUAAAGGUAGUAUUUGUAUUCCAAUAAUUAGUCUAUGAUAACUUUUAGAAUAUGCCAUAUAAUUGUAAUGUGUGCAUUUUAAGUAAUGUAAAUUGUAGACAUUUUGGUUUUAUUAUAUUAUCAAUGUCGUGUUGAAUAUACACUAAAAUCUAUAGACAUACCUAUGCAAAAAUUAAAAACACGGUACCUAUUAAACAAAGAUGUAUUGGUAAAGCUAGUGGUUUGUUCUGACUUUUUAAUUUUUUUUUUCUAACUUCUUCAGAGAUAAUAUAAGUACGCUAUUAAACAAUAUUUGUAAAAACAUGUUAUUCACAUCUCAUGUCUUGUCUAGUUAAAAGUUACUAUUUUGUAUAUUAUUGUUUUUAUUAAAAUGAUAAAAUAAUGAAAUUAAAUCUGUUGUAUUUAUUAUUUAUGUAUAUUAUUAUAUUAUUUAAAAAAUAACCAUAAUUUUGAUAAUUAAUACAAUUAUAUUUUUUAGGAAGGAAACCUCAUUGAAAACGAAGUAUUCAACAAUAUAUUCUACAAAAACAAUUACUCGUAUAUAGAAAAUACAAAACCUACAAAAUAUACUCAUCCGUUUGAUAACGAAGUAAUGAAAAUGAGGUGAGAAUUUGUUGUUUUAAAUAAAUCAUUAUACUUUUUUAAAACUCAGUUCCCUCUGCGAUUCUAGUUAAUUAUAGUAUCAACAUUUUAGGAGCAGCAAACUAAUAUUUUACCUACAUGUAAAUAUCACUAACAAUGCCACAACACAUAGUAUUAGAAAGUUCACUCUUUCUACUCCCAAAAAAUAUUUCAUUCAAGAAUUAUUUCAUAAGAAAUGUAUUUGAUUAUGACGGUAUUUAGUCCUAUAAAUAUGUUGAACAAAAUUAAAUUUUUAUUUUCAUCCUUUAUCACUGAAAAAAAAUAACUUUUUAUAUUUCCACUUUUCAAAAUUUACAAAAUAACCAUUUUGUAAAAUAUAUUCUAGAAUAACAUGUUAUGCGAGAAGGAAUCACAAUCAGUAAGGUAAUUUCUUAUUUUCUAUCGAAUACUCAUUAUUUUCAUACCAAUUAAUAAGGCUAUUAAUAUUAAAUGGAUAUGAAUAUAUGUUACAUUAAAAUUUUUAAACAAUUUCUUUUACAAAAUAGCCAUUUUGAAAAUUUUGAAAAAUAAUAAAAUAAAAAUUAUUUUUUUCCAUAUGUAAUUAAAGGACAAAAAUAAAAAUUUAAUUUUUCUCCACAUAUACGCUCUUCUCGCACAAAAUUUGAUUGAAAAAAAAAAUAAAUAUUGACAGAAUUAUUAGUAAAAGGAUAACACUAUACUUACGGCCUGUAUAUUUUUAGAUGCAUAAAUAUAAGAAUACAAGAUCUGUACAUAAAAUUUGGUUAUGUUAUAGCCAAUAGAGUUAUCAUAGGUCCAUUAUACGAGAGAGUGAAUCAAUAAUCAUUGAUUCAUUGGUUGUGUGUUAUACACCAAAGCUCAAUAAAAGCGAGUUUUCAUAUUUCCAAGGAGAAUAUAUCCCCCUUUCACUCUUUUCCCCAAUGAGCUACACACUCAAUCGUACUAUGUAUGUUAAGCCAUCACUCAAAUAAGGUUUUUUCUUUUAACUGUACCAAUAUUGAUUGUUUCAGUCUUGAGGAUAAAGACAAUUUAAUCACUUACCCGGACUCAAAACUUAAAUCGGAAAUCGAUAUCCGUUAUUCAGAAACCCGCAUAAAAACACUCACGAAAACCCACACGACAACUUGUCAGAAGAAUGUCACCUUAGAACCACCAUGUGAUCAAAAGAAAAAGAUAGAAUUUUAUAACUGCCUGUAUUGUGACCAAAAGUUUGUAAUGUUUCAUAGUUAUACCCGUCACUUACAACAAGUGCACAAUAAAGUCAUUAAAAAGUCACCAUGGCGCUAUUGCAUUUGUGGCCAAAGGACCGAAUGGAAGUUAAUUCAGGUUAUGAAUAGGAAGUUGAUUCCUUGCAAGAAAUGUCGCGUUAAUGCUACCAAACAGGCCCGCGUAUACAAAUACAACAGAAAAAUGGCGUAUAUUAUCCAGUUAUGUUACUUGGAUCAUGCAAAGACAAUGCCGGUUAUCGACAAGGUUUGGUCUUUGUACCGCGAAGAGAAGGCCUUUGAACCAAUCAAAGACACGAUGAAGCAAUCUGAACAGGUUAUCCCGGCUAUUAGCGAGGUUUGCUCGUUCAACCCCGCAGAAGUGGCCGCUGUAGAAUUCUAAGCAGAUCAUUGCUGUCCACCAGGAACAUUUGACCGUUUAAAUUAAAACUAAAAAAUCAUUUACGAAAAUUUUACCUUCGUAAUAUUAUCAUAAAUAUCGUAAAACUCAUAAAUAUUAUUGUAUCUCAUUAUACUUAACCUAAUAUAACUUACACUGCAAAUUCCGUAGUACAUGUAUAUGUACAACCUACUAAAAAAUUAAGUUUAAUAUUUCAACAAUUAAGCGUCAAAUAUAAAUUAUUAAAGAAAGUGUAUCAUUAAUUUUAUUUUUAUUUACGUAUUUUUUGUAUUAUUAUUAUUAAUUUUUUUUUAUUAUUAUUUAUAUGGUUAAAUUACAAUAAUUAUACCUCAAAUAAUAGAAAUGGUCUUGUGUAAAUAUUUUUAACUAUGUUAAUAUUGGAACUUCUAUCUAGAAUAAAAAAAGAUUAUUAUCAUAAUUACUAUUAUUAUUAUAACUUAUAAGUCCCUAUAUUUUAUACGUAUAUUUUUGAUAAUCGCAAACUUUAUACGCAUAUUAUAAUGUCAAUUGAAAACGUACCUAAGUUAUCCAAUAUUGUGUAUUUAUGGGGCGAAUAAUGGGUAUAGAUCCACCCAGUGAUUUUUUGUAUACAUACUCGUAUAUUAUUAAAUUAUAUUAAUUUAUCCUUAUGUUUAGAAACUAAUUGAUAACUUUUAAUCAACAAAAACAAAUAAAAUCUGUAGUUUUAUAAUUUAUGUUAAUAGUGUAAAAUACACGGUCAUCGUGAUAAAAUAACCAUACCUCAGUUAGUUCUUGUUGAAAGUUAUAUCAUCACCACGGCCUACAGUGUGACCCAUAAAGUGGUACUACCGUGGGGGUGUAUAGCCUGAUAUAGUGGACGACAAGAGUGAAUCUAUAAUCAUACUAUAAAGUUUUGGCAGCAAUCGAAAAACACAGUUGUUAUCAUUAAAUUAAAAAUUAAAAUAUGUUUUCGACUGUUUAGAUUUUAAAUAUAUAACUAUGACUCGUAAAAAUUAAAGUAUAACAAAAGUUUAGAAUAAUUAAAUUACCAUUUUCACAUAAUCUAGUUAAUAUUUUCUAAAUAUUUUAUAGUUUUUAACGAAUUCGUAAUAAAAAGCUUGCUUAUAUAAAAAUAACUUCAAUAAUAAGUACCUACUUCAUACUUUACAAAUAAUUGAAAAUAAAAAUAUAAAGUAUAAAAAUAAAAAUUCAAUAAAUAUAUAUUAAUGUUUAUGUUACAGUAUUUUGUUAAUUUGAAAAAACAUAAUUUAUUGUUAUGGAAAGUGAAUUGCUGAUGUACAAAUUAAUGAGGGGGGGGCGUAGCCCUCCCUUAUAGCCCUAUCAAAUAAAAUUCGUCCUCUACCCAUAGAAAAAUUCUAAAUAGUGUAUACGCCAGUGAGAUAACCCUAUCAGGGUAAUCAGUAAUAAUUAUAAAUAAAGAAUUUAUAAAAAUACAUCUAUUGAACACAACAGUUAGAUAUUUUUAGAAUAAAUUAUGAAUUAUAAACAAAAUAAUAAUUAUUAUAUAAAAUUUUGUCAAAAAUACAUAUAGAUAUAAUUAAUUGCAUAAAUCCAUAACUAAUUAAAAUAAUUAAUAUAUUAACAACAUUUUAAAUUGUAUAUUGGCUAAUUUAAGACGUAUUCUGUGAAAUGUUCAGGUAUCUACGGUUAAUUUGAACUGAAUUUUAAAAUAAAAAAAAUUAAACAAAAUCAAAAAUAAUCAUUAAUAUAAUUGAAUAUAUUUGUUGGUUAUUCGUAAUUAUUAUUUCCUAUUUGGAAAGCUACGGGAAAAAUCAAAUAUUAAUGAUUAAAACUAAUUAAAAUUUAAUUAGAAUAUUAUGUUUUGGGUUGUUUCGUACUUAAUAUUUUAUGCAAAUAAUAGGCCUACCUACAUAGAUUUAUUAAUUUUUUGAAAUGUGUCAUGGUUUUAAUGGUAUUGUAGUUGAAAUUAUAUUUCACGUGAUAAAUACGUACAUUUAUUAUCUUUGGAUUUAUAUUACUAUGAUAAAAAUAAUUGUAAUAUGUAUACAAUAUUAUAUUUUGAGGUAAUAUACCUCAGAAGACCAUAUGAGACUACAAGUUUAGCGAACCCGGAGUCUCAAGCUCCAAUUGGUGAAAGCCUAAGUGAAUGAUUCUAUUUGGCGUAUUGUUUAUUUUUGUUAAGUAGUCGAAUUCACUUUACACAAUAAACCAUAGGUGACAAUAUCAUUUUCCCUGUGGGAGGGGAUUAGAAUACUCCCACGGUACCUCUACCUGUCGUAAGAGGCGACAAAUGGGGUUGCGUAAGGUCGAGAGCCGGUGUAAAAUUCUGGCAAACAGUAUGAGGAAUUCUACAGAACAUUUGGAUCUGUACUGGGACAACAAAUGAAAGGAGUUACACGUGCAUGAUAUUUGUUAAUGAUAAAACUUGAAUAGGAAAAAAUCUAGAACAAGUUGACAAAAGACUUUAUGAAUGGACAGUAAAAAUUGAAAUACAGUUUAUCAGGGAUUGGAAUACUAAGGUAAAUAAGUGGAGUAAGGAGCUAAGUUAGAAUAAGGGGUGAGUAUAUAGGAUGUAGCUUAGGUAAGGCUUCAAUAGUAAACAAAUGAGAUAAAAUAGAUUGAGAUGGUUAGGACAUGUUAUAGAGAGAGAAAAACAAAAGCAGUAAGAAUUGUAAUAAAAAUAAACCUAGAAAAAAAGAGGACGAUAAAAAACAUUGAAAAGAGGUGGUUGGAUGCGAUCGAGAAAAAUCAUAGGACAGGCGGUAACUGCGGGGUGUAAGAUCGUGUCAAAUGGAAAUUUGGAACGAGGGUGGCUAAAACAAAAAUAGUUUAGAUGAAUGCGAAUGUGAAAAAGAAAAUAUUGUUCAGGAAUGCACGAUCUUAGCUUAAACGAAGAAUUUGAAUCGAAAUAUAAAAAUAUGUACAAUAGAAGUUCCAACUGUUUAGUCAAACAUUAUAAAUCAUUAAUAUUAAAAUCUGUCAAAAUAGUAACUCUGUAACUCUAUGUUACUUUGCUUGUCAUUUUAAACGUAAGACACAAAACGAGUGGAGUACUUAUAAUACUUUUUAACGAAUUAGCAGUGGUGGAACGUGAAUGCUGAUGAAAAGAGUAAAGUUUUUUGAAAAAGUCAUUUAUCUUAUUUAAUUACCUCUGGUCAAUAUAAUAACAAAAAAUAAAUAUAACACACAUAAAAUUAUAAUGCCAAAUAACAUUUUUUUUGAGUAACCGUUCUUAUCAAGGAUACAAAUGAAACAUUGUAAAACGAUAUUAAUAUCAGAUAUAAUGCAAAAAAAAAUGUAAGUAAUUCUAAAACAUAAUAAUAAACACUCACUCCAUAACUAACAUAAAAUGAUUAUUAUUAUCAGAGCUGUGAAUUGAAAGCAGAAAAAAAUUUAAAAUUGCACAAAACAUGCUUAAUGUAGUAUAUUUUAAAAAACAAUUGAAAAUAAGAAUACUCAUUAAGUGACAUUAACAAUGACCUGAGCUUAUUGACCGACUUGUAAAUUUAUGGUUCAAUUUGGUCAAUGAGCCCGUGUCAGUGAUACAUGUUCUAAUCGACGAGGGAUUCAAGAUGUGUUGAUUCAACCAUUGUUUAUCUUCAAAGACACGAAACAGACACCGAAUAAUGUAUUUUUCUCAUGCAGUAUUUUUAAUAGUCCUAAGGUGAUUCGUUUUAGUAUUAUUCAUAGCCGAGGGAUUGAAUUUGAUUCAACCUGAUAAUUGUUCAAAGCACGGUGAUUAAAUGUACUUCUUAUGAUUUAUUUAUAUUAAACCUUAUCUUUUUUUUCUUUUAGGAAUAUGCAAUGUAUAAAUCUUUAAUGAAUAGAAAAGACUCAUACGUUUACAACAUAAAAAAUCACAUUAAAAUUGCAUUAUACACAACAAAUGGUUGUACAGUUACUUGAGUAUCACAGUUUGGAAGUAAUGUAUGUAUAAAAAGUAAAACAUAAAAAUGUAAAAUUUUUUUUUAUAUUUUAAUAAUACUCUUAAUUUUGAUACAGGUUUAAUUAACACAAUAAUAUUUUCCAGAAUUUUAGCGGUAUGUCAACAACGUGCACGUAUUCAAUUCAUUGAUUGCAAACAAUAUAUUUAUCUCUGGAGCAUAGGAUAAGAAGAAACGAUAAGGGAUUCACGCAAAAUAUAUUGAAUAUUUCAUUGAAAAUAGUGUGGCAACUGUUAACAUAUAAUUGUAUAUUCUAAAUAUGUAAUUUUAUCAUUCAUAAUUUAUGGGAAAUUCAAAUCUACUAUCUGCAAAUUGUAUGCAGUCUAAAAAAAGGUUUAUUUUAAAAAAUAACUUAAACAUCUAAAUUAUAUGCAACUAAUAUGGUUAUACCAAUUAGACAUGUUAAAGCGUUUUGCGUAAAUAGUAGCAUAGUAAAUGUAAAUAAAAUAGAUAUUAAGGUCAAUAUUAAUAAUUUUGAUUUGGUAGAUAAACGCGGUCUUUUUUUACAUUACUACAAUAUUUAAAUCAAAUAAAUAAUUUGAAAAAUUAAAGGAAACAAUUACAUGAAUCGUCUUUAUUUACUUCAUAAACACGAUGAAUGUAUUAACUGAGAAAUGAUACUUAGGUUUCGAUGUUUUUAUUUCCUAAUAUUAAUAAAGUUUUCUAUAAAUCUCAACAAUAAUUACGUCAUUCUCACCAUUGUUGUGAAAAAACAAUUAGUUUUACAGCAAUUACAAAUUGCAUUAUGGCUUUAAUGUAAAUAUUUAACUUGGAAACUAAGAUUUAAAAAAUCCUAACUUGAUUCCUAAUUUGGGUACUACUGUAGUUCUGAAUUAUAUUUAUUUGAAUGUAGAUAGUCAAAUUUUUUUUUAAAAAACAAAAGAUGGAGUUGGAAGUAGACGUUAUGGCCGUGGAGAUUUGCAAAGUUUUUCAGAAAUAUGAAAAUAUCAAGAUGACCGGGGACAAGACUUCAUUACACUUUCUACGGUCAGUUUAAACUAAAAAUAUUGUAUGAUUUAUAAUAGUUUACAGAAAUAAUUAUUCAAUACAUUUAUUUGAAUAGGACUGCUUUACCAAUGAAAAUAACCAUUUGGCAUUCAAAAGAGAUUCAAAAUAUACUAGUUCAGACUAUUCAAAUUUUAGUGAUGCUUUUACUAAAGAUAAAGGUAUAAAUAACUUGUCUACAUUUAUUUUAUUCGGAUUAAUAUAAAUAAACUUUAAUAUCAGAAGUAGGAAGAACAUCCAGUUAUCAACUUGUAUUUACGUCAAGUGAUAUUGAUUACCCAAUUGUUGAACACUGUGAAGAGCAUUGUUCUAGUCGUGGUAAAAUACACACUGCAAUUGAUAGCGAUGAUGAUGAUGAAGCUGGCAGUAGAUCACCUUUUUAUUUAUUUAUACAAGUCAUAAUAUCUGUUUUGAUUUCUCUAGUUAAUUUUACUAUUAUGAUAUAUGCCUUCGUGAUUAAGAUUAUACUAAACAAUUUUUUAUAUUAACAUUUUGGUAUUGUGAAAAAUUUCAAUUGAUACAUUCAUUGUUCUUUAUGGGCACAUAUUCAGUAUUUAAUACUUAACAAUAUUUACAUGAAAAUGUGCUAAUUGACAAACUGUUUUGAAAUAGUUUUAUGAACUAUUUUGCACGUUGACAUAAAAUUAAAAAGAAUUGCUAUUAUAAAUCAUUCAAUUAAUGCAAAAAGUUAUUUAUUUGUUAAAAAUAGGGAACAUCAAAAUGUCGUAGAAAAUUAGUAUUUUAACAAAUAUAUUGUACGUAUAUUUUUAAAAAAAAGAAAGUAGUUUAAAAUUUAAUUAAAUAAAAUUUAAAGUUUAUUAUUGAUUAAGAACCAUUUAAAAUAUGUUUAAAACCUUACAAAUUUUUUUUUAUAUAUAGCAUAUGGUUUAGGUGAAAAUAUUUAGUGAUAUAAUUAUAAUAACAAUAAACAAAAAUACAAAUUCAAUAUAAGUAAAAAUAAAAAAUAAAAAAAUUGUAUUUCAUUCUGAAAAUUUAACUCUUUAAUUAUUAGGUACAAAGACUACAUUAAAAAUAAUUUUUUUCAUUUUAACUAUCUAAUUAAUACUGUUCUUUAAAUAUAUAUUAAUUAAAAAAAUUAGCAUUUAAGGCUAAAACCCAAAAUGCAUAACAAAUAUUUGAUGGUAUAGCGUCAAUGAUAACAUUAUUUACAAAUUAUUUAGUUCAGCAACUAAUUUGUGUCCUUGACUCAGUCAAAUAUUUUUUUAUAGCUGUAUAUUAUUUUAUGAUGUGUAAUCAAGGUGCAACUAGACCACUAACUUUGUGGGUAGUAAUAUUAUAGAUUUAUCACAGCCUUGUUCCCACAAUCCCCUUUAGAUGACAUUUAUAAUCAACAACUACACGUUUCAUUUUCAAUUUUUUUUUUUUUUGUCUGUAGGUAAGCUGUAUUUGUACUGCUUAUUAAUUAUGAAAUACGUGGAUAAAAUAUUAAGUACUAUAAAAAAAACUUAUUGGGUAAUUUUGUGGGUACUAAUUUACUAAUUAUAAACUAGAAGGUGCUGAAGACCUGCUACGGCUCUCCUAGUAGUGCCUAUGUUUAUAUUAUAAUAAUGAAUUAAUAGUUCAAUAAAUCUUCUAUUUAGUAACUCGCAAAUGAUUGGCACGUACCAAAACUGCCGAAUCUCUGUAAACACAGCUAAUGACUGUUCAAACACAAUAAUAUGAUACUAUUGGNGAAUUUAUAUAAUUCUUAUCAGAUCCAACCAGAUGUUUUUCGGUUUUCCUCUUUCCCUUUUGGUUAAAAUUCGUACAGCUUAUGAUUCAUCUCUUCUCAUGACAUAACCAAACAAUCUAAAUCUUUUUUCCCCUCAUUUUUGUAUAAUCAAAGCCAUGCCAAUUCUACCUUUUAUUGUCAUUAGCUGUCUUGUUUUGUUCCUCUAAACUCAUACUUUCAUAAGUACUGCUUUAUUUUCACUUAUCCUUUAGAUAAAGAUGUUUCUUUUAUUCGAGUGCUACUCUUAAAUCCUUAAAAUUAUUGCUAUUUCCAAUUUUUCUUCUAUUUAAGCUGUAUCAUCUGCAAACACUAUGCUUAGAACUCCUCAUAAUGUUUGACAUAAUUUUGCACUGGCUGUUAACAUAACACAACCCUAUUUGUCAUCUACUACAGCAGAUAGAGCAAUUAAUAUAAAAAUAAUUUUAUUUAUACAAUCUAAAUAUGUAUUAUAAUUAUUAUACAUAUUGCAAACAUUAUAAUAUAUUUUAUAAUAAUUAUUGUUUAUGUUAUAUAUGAGUCAUUUGAAGUAUACUCAAAUAGUCUAAGAUUAUUAUUAUUUUUUUUUAUUAUCAGUUAUUUAUAAAAAUUAUUGUAUAAUUGAUGAAGCUUAAGGUCAAAAAAAUAUAUAUAUAUAUAUUUGGUAAAUUUAAGUCUUAAUUACCUACCUCAUAUAGGCAUUAUUUAAACAUUAUUAAACAUCUUUAGUGUUUGCAGAUGAUACAGCUUAAAUAGAAGAAAAAUUGGAAAUAGCAAUAAUUUUAAGGAUUUAAGAGUAGCACUCGAAUAAAAGAAACAUCUUUAUCUAAAGGAUAAGUGAAAAUAAAGCAGUACUUAUGAAAGUAUGAGUUUAGAGGAACAAAACAAGACAGCUAAUGACAAUAAAAGGUAGAAUUGGCAUGGCUUUGAUUAUACAAAAAUGAGGGGAAAAAAGAUUUAGAUUGUUUGGUUAUGUCAUGAGAAGAGAUGAAUCAUAAGCUGUACGAAUUUUAACCAAAAGGGAAAGAGGAAAACCGAAAAACAUCUGGUUGGAUCUGAUAAGAAUUAUAUAAAUUCAUCGAGUAUAUAAAAAGUGAAAGAUCUAGUCAAGAUAAAGUUUAGGACCAGGAUGAACAACCUCAAAUAAUUGGAAUGAAUGUGUAUUGAAAGAUAUCGAUUGUAUCUUAUAUUGCCAAUAGUAUCAUAUUAUUGUGUUUGAACAGUCAUUAGCUGUGUUUACAGAGAUUCGGCAGUUUUGGUACGUGCCAAUCAUUUGCGAGUUACUAAAUAGAAGAUUUAUUGAACUAUUAAUUCAUUAUUAUAAUAUAAACAUAGGCACUACUAGGAGAGCCGUAGCAGGUCUUCAGCACCUUCUAGUUUAUAAUUAGUAAAUUAGUACCCACAAAAUUACCCAAUAAGUUUUUUUUAUAGUACUUAAUAUUUUAUCCACGUAUUUCAUAAUUAAUAAGCAGUACAAAUACAGCUUACCUACAGACAAAAAAAAAAAAAAUUGAAAAUGAAACGUGUAGUUGUUGAUUAUAAAUGUCAUCUAAAGGGGAUUGUGGGAACAAGGCUGUGAUAAAUCUAUAAUAUUACUACCCACAAAGUUAGUGGUCUAGUUGCACCUUGAUUACACAUCAUAAAAUAAUAUACAGCUAUAAAAAAAUAUUUGACUGAGUCAAGGACACAAAUUAGUUGCUGAACUAAAUAAUUUGUAAAUAAUGUUAUCAUUGACGCUAUACCAUCAAAUAUUUGUUAUGCAUUUUGGGUUUUAGCCUUAACCCAAUAGUUGAUAUGACAUACUUAAACUUUUAUUAGGCCAAUCACCUUUAAUUUUCUCUUGGAGUUGUAAUCCAGAAUCAGUACUUGUAGAACUACUUUGUCUUUCAACAGCUAUACAAAUUUAACUUACAUGUUUUUAUUUUUCCAAGUCAAUUACUUUAAAGCAUAUAAUAUUUUACUAGGUUCAUUUUGAUGAUAUAUUAUAUCAGAUGUUGAUGGUUCAUUUCUGUCAGUACAUUUCCUUCCAUUGAGAACUUGCAUUUUAAUGCCCUCUUCUUCCCUAAAAUUAUAAACCAAUAUAAUAUUUUUAUAAACAAAUUAGUUUAUAUUCCCAGAAUAUUACUUAUUCGGUUCUUUAAUGGGAGGGCGGCGACAUUCAAGUUCUAUAUUGCUAUCCAUUUAGGUGUCUUCUUCUACAAUGUAUUCGGGUUGUAUCGAACAUGUGAUGCAAUUUACAAGUUUUAUAAUUGUUAUUAUUAAACUUACAGUACUCGAAUACAGGAUCCAUAUUAACAUAUCUGAUAAAUACUGUAAAACAAAAGUACAUAUUUGUUAUAUACAAUUGUUUAAUUGAGUAAAAACCAUGAAAAAAUUACCAAAUGUAUAAAAAAUGGUAAAGAAAUUAAUAUGAUCGACAAAUAUAGAUGGACUGUAUAGGUAAAAAUACUGUGUUUUGGUUUGUAGUACCAUCCUCCUGUAAAUGAUGUCCAAAUUCUCUGCGCAAUAUGUCCCAAAACUGAGAACCCAUCUUCUCUAAUAGUCAUUUGUGCUUUAUGUAACUUAUCAAUUUUGAAUCUGAACAUACAUUGUUUCAAAAAAUACAAACAAAAAUAACCUUCAUAUUUAUAGUUAAAAACUACAGUUUAAUAAAUGUAAAUAAUAUAGAUAUUAAUCAUUUUGAUUUGGUAGGUAAACGCUGUCUUUUUUUACAUUACUACAAUAUUUAAAUCAAUUGAAUAAUUUAAAAAAAAAAAUUUAACUAUUACAUGAAUCGUCUUUAUUUACUUCAUAAACACAAUGAAUGUAUUAAAUUUACCUAACCGAGAAACGAUACUUAGGUUUCUAUGUUUUUAUUUCCUAAUAUUAAUAAAGUUUUCUACAUUUCUCGACAAUAAUUAAGUCAUUCUCACUAUUGUUGUGAAAAACAAUUAGUUUUACAGUAAUUAUAUAUUGCAUUAUGUUUUUAAUGUAAAUAUUUAACUUGGAAACGAAGAUUUAAAAAUUUUUUUUAUAAUCAUCUUACACGCUUUUUUUUUGAUGCGGUAUUAUUAACACUGUAAUAUUUUGUAGAUGUAUAAUGGUAUGUCCAUAUUUUCGAAGAAUUCAACUCAUUAAUGUAAACAAGAUGUGUAACCCGGGAGCAUGGAAAGGCAGAAACGGCUCUCGAUUAAAGCGAAACAGAAGAAAUGUUUCAUUGAAAACAGGAUAACUAAUAUCUACAAAUAAACGCAUGUACUCACAUUUUCGUUCAUAAUUGAAAUAUCUAUAUUAGUUCAAUAUCUAGUUUGUAUUAUAACCAUCUAAUUAUUCCGAUGAAUUACGUCAUGCACAAAUGUAUUAUUCAAAAACAAUCAGUUUACAGUGAUAUAGAUCUAAUCAUCAUGGUUUUAAUAUGUAUAUUUACCGCGAAAAAUAAUACUGUACGAUUGUGUUUCCAUAUUGUUUAUCCCUUAAUUUUGAUGCACGUUAAAAAACAAUUGGAAAAAAAGAAUACUCAUCAAGUGGCAUAAACUUUGACCUGAGCUUAUUGAUCGACUUGUAAAUUUAUGGUUCAAUUUGGUCAAUGAGCCCGUGUCAGUGUUGCUUGUUCUAAUCGACGUGGAAUUCAAGAUGUGUUAAUUCAACCAUUGUUUAUCUUCAAAAACGUGAAACAGACACCGAAUAAUAUAUUUUUCUCAUGCAGUAUUUUUAUCAGUCCUCGUUUUAGUAUUAUUCAUAGCCGUGGUAUUCGAUUCGAUUCAACCUGAUAAUUGUUAAAGGUCAAUAAUCAUAAGUACUUUUUAUGUUUUUUGUAUAUAUAUAUACUCUGAAUUGAUUGAAGAAGCUUAUAUUUUUACAAUGAUAUUAAUUUUUUUUUUUUAUCUUUUUGCCUCUUUUUUGUCAGAAGUUUGUCUCGUAUUUCUCUAUUUUCUGAUAUAUGUAUUUAAAAACAAACAAAAAACAAAAUAUGUAUAAAAAAAAUUUUAAACUAUAGUAUUUAUAUGGAAAAAAAGAUGUAUUUUAAUUAAUAAUAAAAAUGUUAAAGAAUUGAUUGUUUUCGUCCUUUUCGUCUUAAAAUAUUAAAAAUGUAUUUCCUCAAAUAUAUUUCACUGUAUGAUAUUUAACUGAUAAUAUUAAUACCUUCAUAUUUAUAAUAUUUGUCCCUACUUGGACAAUAUUCUGAAUAGUUUUAUCAAUGAUAUUUUAUAUCCCUUAUAACGACUUUAAUAAUUUAAAUCCGAAGAUGACAAAAAUUUAAUAGACACUGUAAAUCGCUGAAGUGACAUUAAUGAAAAUUUCAAAGUGACUGCAUAUAAACUUUGUUUUUAAACCACACUAGUAUAAUAUAUUAUAUCAUUUACGUCUUAUUAAAUUGUAUAGCUCCUGUAUCUACUUAUAAGAUUAAUAGUUUAAUUAUUUAUAUUAUAUUAUGUCUGGAGUUUAAUCUAUACCUAGGUAGGUAAUUAUUAAUUCCUAUACUAUAUUACAGUUAUAUCUAAUUAAAAUGUUCCAUUACGCAUAAGCAAUUGAAUAAUGUUUUGGUUAUUGACGAUAUUAUACAAAUGUGACCAUUGACCACUAAUUUUCGUCACAAACAAUAAUUUUUGAAUCAAUUCAUAAUUAAUAAUAGAAUUAGGACCUGGACAAAAAAAUUUUUCUUUGUUUUUCGUAUUCUACAUACCAAUUAAAAACGAAAAUAUAUUUGUAAAUUUUUCGUUUUAUUUCGAUCUGUAGGACUAAUAGCUCUCCAAACAUACAUUUCUCUGUUUGAGAAGGCGUGGUCCAUUCAGUUGGUGUGUGACGUCACGAUGCCGUACGCCCGUGCGUCUAAUUAUAUGUCAAUGCGCGUAUAUAAUAUUAUGACUGUACUAAAAUAACUUACGUAAAUCGAAUAAUUCGACACAAAUUCUAUUGACAGUAUCGUCAUUAUCACUUUCAGCAGAAAAUAAAUUGUAAAUACUAAUGUCAAUGUGUAUAGUGUAUUGUCUUAUAUGUAUAUAUUAUAGUAAUUUUUUUUAUAAAUGAAUAACGAUGGCUGUAAGUGUCAGUAAAGAUUAUGUCAAAGGUACAUCUAUAAACUUACCAAAACUUGACAUUUUUUGUAUAACACAAUACAUAAAAAAUAAUGAUUGCUUCAAUGAUCCUGAAAUUAGGGGAUCAAAACCUCAAAGGUGUGUACCUAUUAUUAUUUAUUAUCACUGCUAGUUUUUUGUUUCCUAAUACAAAUAAUAUUUAUAAUAUUUAAAUAAUUAAAUUACCUGAAUAUAAAUAUUUAAGAAUGCUAAUUACUAAUAUGUAGUUAAAAACUAGAUUAUUUUUAAUAAAAUAUAUAGAUGAGCUGAUUAUUUUUUAUAUAUUUUCAUUAGAUCAUCAAGAGAAAAUUAUGGAGAUUCAGCUAUUGGAUAUGUUCAAAUAAAAAGGGAAGGAUCUAUAUGUAAUGUUAAGGCUCAAAUUUGUCCUGAACAUAGAUUUAGAAAUAAAAAUUACCAUGUUUCUUUAAUAAUAAAUGAAGAAAAAGAAGAAAUAGUUGAUUUACAUUGUGAUGACUGUGCAGCAUCUUUAGGUUGGUGACUGCAUAAUAAUAUAUAUAUAUAUUUAUAUAGAAUCCAUAUCUUUAUGAGAAUUUUAAUAUGUUACAUUAUAUAAAUAUUUUGUGACGUUAAGUGUACCUAUAGAAAAUAAUUUAUAGUUAUUGAUAAGGUAGGUAUUUAUAUUUAAUUAUAACUAGUCCUUAAAUGUUGUAAACAAAGAUUUUAUUAUUAUUUACAGGUGGAUGUAAACACAGUUUAGCUUUACUCAUGUAUGUUCAUAUAAAAUCUGAAGAAAAGUCUCCCACAGAAGUUGAGUGCUAUUGGAAAAGACCCAAACUUUAUUAG